UGUCUCUAGGUGUCAGCUGUCUGUUCUUGCUGUGUAUGCCCCAAGUGUGCUUAACAUAGUUUUGUAUUUUAAAGGCCUGGUGCUUUAAUGGAAUCCUUAAUUUAUAGUAUCAUAUUAAAUACUGUAUACUUAUGAUAGUAACAAGGAAGAAUUGUACGCAUUCAGAUGGUGUAGCUGGUAUUUUCCAUCCAUUGACAAUUUUCAGCCAUGAAAUUCUGAUCAUGUAUGUUGUUGCUUCAAUAUUUGGAGGAUAUAUUGCUUCUUCACUUAUUCUUUUUAAAUUUCCUAAUCUUAUUCAUAAGAAGAAGAAGCUGAAUUUUUAUUGUCGUCACAUUAGUCACAGGGGUGGUGCUGGAGAAUCCUUAGAAAACACCAUUGGUGCAUUUGACAAUGCUUUAAAACAAGGCACAGACAUGCUGGAAAUUGAUUUGCAUUUAACUAAGGAUGGACAGGUUGUCGUAUCUCAUGAUAAUAAUCUGCUUCGUGUAACUGGAGUAGAUAUGAAUAUAUCAGACUCAAAUUAUCAGGACUUACCACCUUUGAAAAGACAUCUGUCUAAAGAAUUUUCUAAAGGUGAGCCAUUUACUGGUGAGAAAGAAGCAAGAAUACCUUUGCUGAAAGAAGUUUUUGAAAGAUUUCCUAAAGUGGCAAUUAACAUUGAUAUUAAAGUAGAUAACGAUGUCCUCAUAUCAGAAGUAAAUAAACUUAUUAAGGAAUAUCAUCGAGAAAACAUUACAGUGUGGGGAAACUUCAGUAACAAUGUUACAAAGAAGUGUUAUAAAAUGAAUCCUAACAUUCCCAUUUAUUUCUCUGCAAAAAGAGUUGCUAUUCUCUUGAUCCUCACCUACAAUGGUUUGUUACCUUUCAUUCCUCUAAAAGAAUCAUGCUUAGAACUUCUUAUGCCAUCUGUUGUAUUUAAAAAUCCAAGCAUGAUGAUUUCACGUGGUAGAUUAUGGAGUCCAUGGGUAGUGUGGGUUAUAGAGAAGUUACUAAUGCGUAAAGCUUUGUUUGAUCAUCUUUCAAAAAGAGGCAUACAGACUUACUUUUGGGUUUUAAAUGAAGAGGAAGAUUACAAAAAAGCCUUUGACAUUGGAGCAACAGGUGUCAUGACUGAUUAUCCAACAAAACUGCAGACGUUUUUGGACCAAAAUUAUGUACAGAAUAAAUCAAAGUGAACAAAACCAUAUUUUUAUCUCACUAAUUCUAUAACAUUAAGCAUUAUUUGACAGCUAUCGAUAGUUUUUCAUUUGAUAUACUAUGAAACAUCUCAUAGCGGCUACCUCUAAAGUAACCAUAUUUCUGAUAACUUAAUUAUAAAGGGUUUCUUAUAAAAAAUGGGCUGAAGGCUGGUUGGAAAAUUUAACAUUUCAUGCAGUGUUACUGAAGUAUCUAAGGAGUAGUUACAGCUCAGAAGAAAAAAUUCCUCAUUUGAAUGGGAUAUCAGAAGGAAAUGUAGUACAUCUAUGUAAACAGGUUUCAAACCAAUUUUCUGCAUUGUGCAUAUAAUCAUUACUCUUGAGAACUGAAUCAUUACACUGAGAUAAAACAAGAAAACAUCAAAGAACAGUGAACUGCAGUGCAUUUUUGAUUGCACUGAAAUUUAUCUUUGGAUUGCAAGCAUGUAUGAAGAAUAUUGCAUGUCACUUGCAGUCUAUAUGAUGCAUUUUAAUGAAGGCGUUCAUCUUUGCAAAUGAUGAUGGAACACCAACUCCCAUUACAAAUGGCAUUGUUGCAGAAAGGAAUGAGUUCAUUAAAAUCAAGAUUGAAUCGUAAUAAUAGAGAAAAUCACUGGCAAUGUUUGUUGGAACUGUUCACACAAUGUUUACAACUAAUUAAAGUUGUGUAAAAUUUUCAUUUAGUGGGUACCUCACAAUUUGAUUAAAGUAACAGUUCGUAUGACUACAUCUUGCAGUGUUUGCAACAAUAUUCAAUUGAAAUGGAUGACUUAUUAUAGAAAGUCUCUGAUGGGCUAAAGAUAACUUUGAAAAGACAAGAUUCAAUUUAGAGAAAAACGUGAAAGAAAAAAAUUUGGAAAUGAUUCCUAGAAUAACUUAAUGGACUUUUGUAUAAGAGAUUAGAUACACCACAUAUAUCCUGCUGGAAUAAAUUUUUAAGAAAUAAUAGUAAAUAAUUUUGAGAAAUAUUAAAGCAUUUCUGUUAUA